UAUGUAUGGGCUUUGUUUAGACUUAGUUUUGGACAGCCUGAGCUCAUGAGAAAUCCACUUGAAUUAGUCAAACCACUGUCUGUCUCCCUCUGCCAAACACGGACUGUAGCGGGGCGGGGCGCGGUCCCUGCCGGGCGGAGCCGGGGACUGACGGUGAAAUCUCCCAUACAAAGGAGAGGAAACAAAACAAAGCCAGGAAGCAUGACAUUAACCCGGCAUUCACUGCUAUUACCGUGGCUUGGUCGCAUCCAGAAAACAGGAACGCAUUCACUCGCUUUUUCCUUGUGAGAAGCGUUUUUUUCCCGAGACACCUCUGCAGCCGAGAGAGAGGAAAACAGCACCUAAAAGUGAUGGUGAGGCAGCAUAGCGCAUUAACAUAUGUGCAUUUGAGAGUGACCACGCUCUCCUGAGAGACCAGUGCAGAAACAGUGGCGCCGAGUCCACUAUCCGUGCAUUGUCGUGAUGAACGGGAGUAGUCGGGGCUGCGCGGUGGACUGUCCGGCGGUGGGCGGUGUCUUCUCGGUGGAGGGGCUGCCGCCGCUGCCCAAAGGCCUGAGCGGCAUCCUGAACUCCAGCGGCGGAUCGUGGCGGGACAUCGAGAAGGUGCACAGCAAGAGAGCGCGCAUCCAGGCCGACAUCAGCCGGGGCGGCGGCAGCGGUUGCAUCGGCGGCGGCGGCGACGCGCCGCGCGGUCACGGCAAGCCGGGCGGACUGGACGCUGCUCUGGCUCUGCUGCGGAAAGAGAUGGUCGGUCUGCGUCAGCUCGACAUGUCUCUGCUGUGCCAGCUGUGGUCUCUCCACGAAGCCAUCCAGGAAUACAAGGGCUCCUCGCUUCUGUCUGAGGCCUCGCUCAGUGCUGAUAAUGGAUACUCUGAGGAGGAGGAGGAGGAGGAGGAUGAAGUAGAGGAGGAAGACGAGGAGGAGACAAGAGGUCUCUCGCAGUCUCCUCCAUCCUCCUCAUCCUUGCCUCUGCCUCCACCCAGCUGCAACUCCAGGGACCAGUGGAUCAAAGACUCCUUCCAUAUUCCCUGAUGAACAUACAGACAUACAGUACGUUCUGUGCACUCUGCACUGUGGAGACUCCUUGACUAUAUUUUCUCAAAGUGGGUGUCUCUUACUGGCCUUUAGGCCCCAUGUGCACUGGCUUUUACGCUAUGCAUCUCUUAUCUGGGUAAAAUGUCCAGUACUUAAUCUUAUCCACACACAUUUUUUUACACUUUGCAGAAUCUGUGCCUGUUUGCAUCUAUCUGACUCUGGCUUUUUGACAUCUCAUUGAUGUAAUUGGAAAUUUCUGUAGCUUAUAAAAUAAGCAGUGACACGUGUGGCCUUUCCAUUAUUUACACUGGACCAAGUUUUUGCUCCACUACAUCUUGAUAUCAGGUUUGACUCCAACUUAAAGGUUUCUUGGUUACACUGAGUAGGAAUCUGAUAACAGUAGUUAUCAAGAAACAUAAGGUGAACUAUAUGGGACCCAGUCACUUUAUAUGAAUGUAAUGUAUGCAUAUAUAUUUUUACUGUUACACAUGUGCACACUACAUGUCAUGUGAAAGCAUAUGUUUUUUUUCUACACAGGAUCCAAAAUUUAGCGAGGUAAGAUUUAUUGUAUUUCUGCACGACACUGGAUGGUGAUGUUUAGCACAGAAACAGUUCAAUCCCUCACACAUGCACAGAUAAUCCUUUAUAUUCACAGUUUUUGUGGCUUAACAUGCACUUCCUGGAUAUUAAAUUAGCAAUUUGUUGUGUAUUGAGGUCACCUAAAAGAGAAAACAUGAGGAGAGAUACAAGUAAGCUCUUUUCUCUUAAUUGCAUCAUCUACAUGCUGUUACAUGCUACUUCCUUAGCUUUGGAAAUGAGCUGGGUGGUGUAUUUCUAAUAAUUAUAAUGACAUCAGUGGAUACAGGUGUGGCAUAAAAUGAGGUUAAUUUCACUUUUGAUGUUUUUGUGAUGAUUUCAGGUUUUCAGACCUGAUGUUCUGUAAGAGGAGUACAAUCAGUUCUCCUGUCAAACAGUAUUCUUCACCAUUUAGUGUCUUGACUCAAGAGUGGACAGCAGCUUUGUCAAUCAAUAAUGUGUGAUCUGUCAAUCUAUGAGCCUUUGAUACGGUAAACACAUUUUUCUUUUCCACAGAUGAAGCGAAUAUUCUUUUGAAAAUGAUAUUUAGCUUGUUAUUCUGCCAAACCAGACAUUUAUUAAUCUCCUAAGUCUGACAUUUGCUGUUGAUUUCCCCAUUAAGAUAAGAAUUCAUUCUGAUGGGAUUCUGCUCUGAAGUCUUGUAUCCAGGCAUAAUAAAGCUGUCUCAUAAGUUGGGCUUUUUUUUUUUAUUUAGCAUUUCUGUCCCUAGAUUGUGUUUAAAUCAGAGCAAAUCUGAUGCUGUAUCUUUUUGUCACAUAUAGUAUAGGCACAGGAUUAUCACAUUCUUUAAUGCAAAAUAAAUGGGCACAGUAUUGAAUAGUAAAUUACUUUUUUUGAACCUAAAUAUUAGCUACUAAAUAAAACUACACUUGAUACCA